AUGAAACGGCCACUUCCUAAGAAUCACCGAGAGAAGUUCGAUAUAAUCAGUCUGUCAUUAGUGCUCAAUUUCGUGCCAGAUCCCAAGAGUCGAGGUGAUAUGCUUCUCCGCACGUUGGACUUUCUGCAUGACCCAUCUGGCAUCAAGCCGACACCGUGGAGUACUCUAUUUCCCAGCCUGUUCUUGGUGCUUCCGGCACCAUGUGUCCUGAACUCGCGUUAUAUGGACGAGGCGAAGCUGAAGGCUAUGAUGGCAUCUCUUGACUACGAGAUGAUCGAGUCCAAGAUCACGCAGAAAUUGGUAUACUACCUCUGGAAGCGGCGACCGCAUAUCCCAAAUGCACGAAUGGACUUUGCUAAGAAGGAGCUGAGGCCCGGCGCAUCUCGAAAUAACUUCGCAAUUGUGAUCAAGGGUGCCGGAUGA